AUGUUUAAGCAUCCGUUUCCCACUCGGUGGCAAUUCUACGAACAUGGGCUUAUUUGGAUCAGACAAACGUCAAGGUCGUUGCGGAGACAAUUUAAUGAAUACCUAAUGGGAGCUAUUAAGUCAAGAGGACCACCAGCACCGCUCUUUAUCACCAUAUUCCUGGGAGCCAACGAUGCAUGUCUAUCACUGAGUGGAGCCAUGGUCCCCCUUGAAGAGUAUGAAGAGCAUAUCCGCCAUUACCUGAAUACCAUACUGGACGACCCUGCCACGCAGGAGACCAAAGUGAUCCUUAUUUCACCACCCCCAGUGAAUGUCCCAGUUCCGGUAGGGGAGCCUCUCCUGGAUAACCCAGAUGCCGCCAUUAUUCUGCGCAGUGUGGCAUCGCAGAGCCGUGGGCACAGAACAUGGGAGUCGAAACGGACGUAUGCAAAGAAAAUAGUCGAGAUUGGUAAGGAGUAUGAAGCCCAGACUAGCAGAGUGGCCGUCUUAGACCUUUGGUAUGCCCUCACAAAGUCUGUCUGUAGGAUUGAAGGGACAACUCAGGACGAUGCAUUCUAUCAUCUUGACAUCGAUGAAAUGCUUCCGGGUUCAGGCAUGCCUGGUGCAAAGCCCUUUGAUAAGGGGUACUUUACAGAUGGACUCCACUUUGGAGACAAGGCAUAUGAGAUUCUGGGUCGUGAGUUGCUCGACCUAGCUCUGACAAAGUGGCCGGAGCUGAAAAGGGAAAAUUUUCCCCGCCGGGUACGCCUCCGUCAAUUGCCAGUGCCGGUAGAAAGCACAGCUAACAUGGCAUUUGCCCAGGAUUGA